AUGGCGGUUUCUCAUCACUUGUGCCAAUUUCUACGCAAAAAUGAGAGCAUUGACUUUUCCACAUUAUUGAGUCAUUCGGCAAAAGAAGAAGCGACGUCGAACAUAAACAAGGUUAGAAACGGAAAUUUAUUUUUCUUCUCAAAAUGAAGAAUCGAGUACUACUUCAAUCAGAGUUGUGGAAUUCAAUUUGGCUCAAUGUCGCAAAAAACAACAAAUUCAACGAUUUUUUUUUGGAAUUUCAGAUCACGUAUGCAUAUAUUGCACCGUUCAUUAUCAUAUUCGGAAUAGUUGGCGAUGUACUGACCGUAGUCACAUUAACACAUCCACUUUUACGGAAAUCUUCAAUUAUAUACACUUAUCUCACAUUACUUGCUAUGACGGACUUGGUAAGUUAGAAAAAAGGGUACUAGGAGGGAGGGGGGGAGCCUCUCAUUGAGUAGUAGAGAGAUCUACGGAGGUUACUUGGUUCCACUCCCUAGCCAGCACUUAAAAUCAGCCUCAAGGCGGGUCACCACCGUUAUACCUAGUAUACAGCAAAAACCGAGAUCCACAGUGAUCCAGCACCUCUGAAUAUAUUUGAAUAAAAAGUUUUACUGAUGACAAUAUCUUUUCAUCAACCCUACUGUAAAAAACGGAAAACAAUAAACUUUUCCAUUACAGCUCACACAAUUUUCUGUAAUACCAAUGAUAAUGUGGCUACUUGACAUCCGAGCUUGCUCCAAAACUUCCGCUUUUUUUUAUGCACAUGUUGGAUUUCCAUUAGUAAGUUUGAACGACAGAUUAAUAACUGAUAAUUUUAAAUUGAAAUCAUAUUUUAAUUAAGGCAAACGCGUUGAUGGGAUCAUCUGUCUGGGUAGUUGUAUUUUUAACUCUUUCGCAAUAUAUGGCUGUAUGUAAACCAUUUGCGUACGGUUUGAGGUAAAGAUUUUUGAUGUUUGACAAUUUUGAAUGUGCAAUCAUUGCAGAUCUCAUAAAAUUUGCUACAUUUUAUUUGCACUUUCAUAUAUUUUCAAUUUCUGUAUAUAUGCACCAUGGGCCAUUAAGAAAAAUGUGCAUGACAUAUCUGAAAUGGUUCCGGAGGUGAGGAAACUACAGAUUUCCGUCAAUUUAUCCCUCUUCCAGCAUUUUUUUGAGUCCGUAUGCCCUUACGUGGUUUGUGAUGCAAAACGACCGGAUUGGUUCGUUAUCUAUGAAACAGCAAGAGAACUCAUAUCACGGAUAUUUCCAUUUUUCUUAGUCGCUUUUUUAAAUGUGAAAAUUCUGAUAACGUAUCGGUAAGUUUAUAAGUAAAACGAAAAAAGCAUCGCAAUGCCAGAAAUUGUUCUAGAAACACAAAGAAAGAUAGAAUGGAGCGAUUAGCAAACUCGCAAAAAAAGUUUAUGUUUGAAAAAAGUGAACGAGAAGAAAAACGUCUUUUCAUUUUGCUCUUCGCAAUUGUGAUUGUAUUUUUUGUGUGCACGAUACCAGCAGCUCCAUUAACAAUAUUAGUUGCGGACACCAAGAGCAAUAAUGUUGGAUUUCAAGUAUGUCACUGAUAUUAUUUAUGUAAAAACUGGGAACAGCAGUUUUUGAAGAUAUUCCGAGCAGUGGUGAACUUAUUGGAAUUCACAAAGUUCGCAAUGAAUUUCUACUUUUACUGCCUAAUUAAUCCGGAUAUCCGAAGUAUAUGUGCCCAUGUCAUAAUGUGCAAGAAAAUUACUAAACCACCACGUGUUAAAGGCCAGCCCACCACUCCAUUGUCCAUGUAUACUAGGUAAAGUACACGUUAGAGUUAGCAUUGAAUUUUUUCGUUUUCAGGUCAACAAAAAAUUCUACAAUAAGAGAUGCAUAUAAAAAUAGUGAGAAACGAACUGUUAUUGGAGAUGAUUCGAAAAAAUUCGAUGAUUCGCGAAAUAGUUCAUUAAAAUCCACGUAAGCAGGAGAAAUAAUAUGUUAAUUUACGUCGAAAUUUAUUUUACAGAAAAGAUAUGAAUCGUCGUGGUGUAUUACCGGAGACACUAAUCGAAAAAUUGACAGUUAUAAAAGAAAACGAGUCGGUCACUUCGGAAACUGGAGAUCGAGUAUGA